AUGGAUUUGUUCUCUCGCACCCACAAACACAGAUCCAGAUUGAGCUCCCAUUCCCUAGAGCAGCACACCCUUCCCCUGUCACCGUCUUCUGAGUUCACGCGCGUCUCGCCCCGCCCUUUCCAGUCCAAGGCGUUGGAGACCGAAGACGCCGCUGCCGGAGGGACGCCAGUGUCACGGGAGAAAGAGCAACAUCACCACAAGGUUUCCAGUCCCCCCAAAGAGUUUCCCCAGUCCCCAAGAGCCCCCAGUCCCCAAAGUUCCCCAGCCCCACCAAAGAGCUUCCCAGCCCACAAGAGUUCCCAGUCCCCAAGAGCUUCAGUCCCCAAGAGUUCCCCAGUCCCCCAAGAGCUCCCGGAUCCCGCCAAGAGCCAACAGCGACCGGAGACCACAUCAGCAUCAUGCGCUUUUCCUUUGGUUUCGUCUUCACUGCGGUCUGGGUAA